AUGUCAUCAGGCUCAAAUCGCAAGGGCCUGUUGCCCACAUCCCAAGACAACCCGAGCAACACCGCCUCCAAUGUUGCCAAUCCACCUCCUUCCGUCCAACGUCGCUCCUCCCAACCGCUUCCCGGUAUUUCGGCCACUGCCUCCUCACUCCGCAGUCGUAGAGUCCGUUCCACCUCCGCUGACUCGACAGGCUCCAUUCCAGAACUCAGCGGCAUCGAUGAUGAAGCUCCUGGCGACUACGAUCCUGGCAUGCAGCCUUCCACUACCAGUCGCUCUGCUCGAAGCCAUCUCCCCGCCAACUUGCUGAGAGCUGCUCUUGUGCCUGCUGGCUCAUCCCAGAACCAGUCCAACAAGCCAGGAUCCAACGCAAGCGCCCAAGCACCCAAAAGAAUCGCCCCUGCUGCCCCACUCUCGCCCCCUCCUGCACCAUCGAAUCGUUUCAAGGGUACUCCUGCUCGUGCAACUCGCUACUCGCUUCCCGUACGGGCAGAGAAACCAGUCCGAACCACAAAGACAUCUGGAAAACACGUCGUCUUGCCCUCCGAAUCGCAGCUUGCACCUUUGCCUGGUGAGGAAGAUGAUGAUGACGAUGACGAUGACGAUGACGACGAGGAAGAGUCGGAGGAAGAAGAACAAGUGACGGAUGAUCAAACCGAUGAUGCAGAUCAAUCUGCUACUGUAGGAAAGACAGCUGUGUCUGGUCAAGAUACCAAACCAACCUCGGAUUCACAAGCUGUUCUGCUUGGGGGUCGCGGUGUUGGUCGAGCCCUGGAAGUCGUUGGUGCUACCAAGCCACCUGCCAAAGUGCCCGUCACUACUCCUCGACCCGGUCCUACCAUCCCAUCGAAUCGACACACAGCACCUGCUCCAGUAUCCGGCAAGCUCGUCACCCCAGCUGCUAAGGGGUCGCAACGACCUGCAGCGUCUUCCGCCCUUGCUCGUGCCGCUGUCUCUUCCGUCUCUGCUGCGCAGGCACGUCAUGCACAAAAGGCGAAACCGAAAGCUGCCACUACUUUCCGUGGCGCUGCUACCCGUGCCCCGCCUCUUCGACCGCAUAAGUCGGGACCUGUGUAUCACACAUUCGAACGCAUGCCUCCGAGUGCUAGACUCAUGACUCCACUCCCUCGCUUGACCGCAUACAGUAUCUCCACGUCCAUCCAUCUAGGUACGCUUCUGGGCUUCUUGCGUCGUGAGCACGGCGUCAAGCCCCGUCUCUACGACGAGUGUGCUUAUGCAGUCUAUACAAAGCCGCUCUUGCCUGGGUUCGGACGUGCAAAUGUCAGGUCUGCUCCGGAACCACGCAGUGCUAGCCCCGGUGCCGAGUCAAGGCGCGAGAGGGAGUUGGAACAGCGAGAAGAGUUUGGUUACCUCGGAACGUAUUUCGAGCAUCGGCAGGAGGAGGAAGAGGACAUUGAUCAAGAUGGUUAUAUCAAGGGUGGUGAGGGACGUGGUUCCCAUAGCGAGAGUCGAAGGAGGGGUGGUGGAGAGACUUCGGCUUGGGAGAGUGAGGCCGAGAGGUGGACUCCCGGUGAAAGAAGAGCUAGUCGCCAAGAAGCAAUGCUGGUUGAUCGAGAUCGAGAUCAAGCUCAACGUAUUCCAGAGGGUAGCGGUAGCGCUCAUGCUCGAACGCAGUCGACGGAUAGCAGCACUCUUCCUGUCAGCAGUAGUCUGGAUGAUGAGGAUCAAGGUAUGCUUGCUACUCCACUUGCUAGACCUGCUCGUGCUCCACGUAAGGCUUCCGAUAGCGAUACCGAAGCGGAUGCGGGUACGGGUGGAGAACCAAGAUCUUUCUUACUCGAACGUCGUCGUGCAAGUCAGAGCUCUGUUUCUGACGUUGAAGCUCUACCGCCUUACCGUCGUUCUGCAUCCCGCACCGACAUCGCAACUGAUCAGAACGAGCUAGCUAUCAACAUCUCCGACUCAGCCGGUGCACGCGAUAUGAUGCUCCAACAACGUGCCGAAGAACGAGGCGAAAGCAAACGCAUGGCUCAUUCCUAUCCAUCCAACGAACUCAGCAUGAAUUCCGAUCUGGACGAAAUCCCCGCCAACCCUUCUCCCUCCCCCCACGAAACUCAAAGUGCUUGCUUAACACAACCUUCGGCCCUUAACCCCCUCCAAUCUCUGGACGAAACAACCGUGGCCGACCGCUUCCCCACCUCCAACGCCAACGCCAACGCCAACGCCGAACCCCCUUCCUCCUCUCGUAAGCCUGAUGACUCGCAAAACGAGGCAUCGCAACCGAAAGAGCGCCGAACGCGAAAGUUGCGUAGACGAAAACGUCGUUACGCAGGCCCCAACAUGGCUUCUCACAAUCACGACACUUCCGCCAACCUAGACACGGCGCGACCUAUUCUCGAAGCGCUCCAAUCCGCCGAACUCGUUAUCCUUCCCUACGGAGUACUGGUAAUGUACAACUUUUCGGCCGCCGAGGAGCGAAGGAUCAUUGAAGAUGUUCUCUCCUCCGGAUGUGCAAGAGAACGGAUGGAUGAAGGGGCAAGAGAGACGGAGGCUUUCCAUUUCUGUUACGAUCCCAACAUCUCUGCUCCUAGGAUUUUCAACGAUUUCUUUACUUUCCGUGCCCCCAACCACCUCUUGAAGCUUUCUCUCGCUCACGCCAUUGCCCAAUCCACGAAACUUUCCGUGUUCGAAGAACGAAUGCAAGCAACGCUAGAGCUCACAAGUCAUAUUCCAAAGCAAAUGGCCAGCACUGGCGAGUUGAAGCUAAAGAGGAGAGAGGCACUACGCUUGACUGGAAGGUUGUUCAAGUUGAGGGUAGAUGUCAACUUGACCAGUAACGUCUUGGAUACUCCAGAGUUGUUCUGGUCCGAAGCAAGUUUGAAAGCGUUGUACGAUGCGAUUAGGGAUUAUUUGGAGAUUGAUGAGAGGGUUGAGAAUUUGAAUGAAAGGUUGGCCGUUGCCAAUGAUUUGUUGGAGAUCAUACAUGAACAUAUUGCCAAUACGGCCAUGUCGAAGAUUACAUGGAUUGUGAUUAUCCUGAUUAUCGUGGCAUGUGCCGUAGCAGUGGGUGAGAUUUCAGCAAGGUUCAUUGUAGGAGCGAACAGAACCGCGGAGGAAGGGUUGAGGAUCAUCAGGGCUGCACAGCUGUUGGUUGCUCAGUCGCAGGGCGAGGCGCAGUCGUUAGGGAUUGGGCAAGGCGGGUCUUAUCUUGCCUUGCCUGAGUCGCUUUAG